GUAAAAUUUUCCAAUUCUUGUAUAAUUCUUAAUUACUUUUAAACAAUAAUUUGUCACGUGAGAGAUGUGCCUCUCUAAAAUGUAUUAUUUUAGGGGUGUGUGUGUGUGUGUGUGUUUUUGUAAUGUAAUGUAUUUUUUUAGGUUUUCUCCUAUGAGGUGAAGAGUAAUCUAAUAUAAAAGAAUCCAAGAUGAUAUAAAAAUGUGAAGAAAAAGAAAAUAUUCAAUUUGUUGUUACAUGAUGUGCAUUAACAAUACAUUACAUCAUGACUACCCAAAAUGAAGUUUGUUAAAGCUGCAGGGGGUUUAUUGUAAAGCAAAUAAAUAAUCUUUAAAAUGUCUUAAAUGAAUCAUUUUAAAAUUACAUCAUGUUUACCUUUAUGUCAUGCGACUACUAACCGAUGGCGUAUAAUCGUGAACAUGCAAAAGUAAUACUUCAUUAUUGACUUAUUACUUUAAAAUCUAUUUAUAUUAUGUGAAAGUUUAUAUAUAUAUAUAUAUAUCACUAUUCAUUUAUUAAUCAGAAUCUUUUACGCUGGACUUGGAGGGUAAGUCUUCCAUCUAGUGGUUGUUUAGUUAAAUGACAGUAUUUGUCCUUAAAAUUACAAUCUUUCUACUUUUCACCCACACACAUAUAUAUAUAUUAUUAAACACUUAUUAAUCCAAAUCUUGUACAAAAGGUACCAGGAAUGUACGUGCGUCAUCUAGUGGCUUUUUGGUAAAUUUAUGGUCUUUGACCUUUUACUGUAUUGCAAAAUAAUGUGAAUGUAACCUGUUGUAACAAUUUCCUUUAUACACAUAACUGUCCAAACUCACCAAAAAAGGUUAGAUACUCUGUAUUAUAAUUCUUAUUUGAAGGUUUUUGUAUGAAGAGUGUAAAGACUGUUUGUGUUCACGUGUACAUACAAUAUGUCAGUAUAUUGAGAGACCCUACAAUGCCGUUUGAAAACCACAGUUUAGCCAUGACUGCUUUACAUCCUGUUUCACUCUAAAUAGCUCACAACAAGGUGCUUCAACACGUAACAUAGCUUUCACUCUCUCAUGAACAAUAUGAAGAGCCUGUAUAUACUGCUUUUAGCACAGAUAAGUGUGCAGCUUAAGUGCGACAACACAAGGAUUCAAGCCACAAUUGGAAGCACUUUGACAAUUACCUGCACCUAUAAAGCAAACCAGUAUCGAUUCAGCAAAAAGUACUGGUGUGCUGGAGACUCCAGAUCCUCGUGUGAAGUUCUGAUGGACACAGAUGGAUUCACACACGCUGUGUACAGAACACGGGCUCAAAUCAUUGAUGGAGCUUCUAGAGGCCUGACGGUAUAUAUAAGAGAUCUAAAGUUAGAUGACAGUGGAACUUACUGGGUUGCGAUUGACAAAAUUUAUGCUGAUUUUAUGAUCAGGAUCCAGGUCACUAUAACAAAAGAGGCUGUAAUAAAACCAAAUGUUUGGCCUCUCAGCUCCCCCGAGAUGACUUGCUGGGGUCAACCAUCUGUGUUUCGCUGUAGGAGUGAGAGAGGAGCGGAUGUGCAGUACACUUGGUACAGAGUUGGACACCCAAACAACAUUGUUCUGCACCAUUCCUCUGAUCUCUAUCUCCAUUGUUCAAACAUCACUGAAGACAGUCAGCUUUUCUGCUCAGCCUUUAAUGACGUCAGCAGCCAGAGAAGCGAAUUUGUUUCUCUGCAUCUACUUCAGUCUGCAGAAAAGGACUGUGUUUAUCGCAUCUCAUCGAACGCUUUCUCUAGCUAUGAAUGUAUAAGAAGCACAACAUCACUCUCAACAUCCAUCCAAACGACAGAGAAAUUCCUGAGCUCUACAACGGUUUCUCAUCUCACAUGGAGUCAGAAUAAGACAACGUCUUGGUCUGGUUUGCCAAUGUGGUAUGAGUGUCUUCGUUGGAUUCUCUCCUCAGUUAUGAUUACCAUCUUGUGCGUAGUGCACUCAUGCUCAAAAUACACAUCAAGCAAACACCCCAAAGACGUUUGAUUAAGAGACAUGGUUGCAACUUCAUUUCAAGUGUGUCUUUUUUUGUAUUUUGAAAUUCGCGUUGACUUAAAGGAUAUUCUUUGUUCUUACCCACAAGGUGUACAAUUAAUUAAUCUCUAAACCGCAUUAAUCAUUCAGUCUUCACAUUGUUUACAUGACAAGCAGGUAAUAACAUAUUAAUGCAGGUAACAUUGUCAAGCAUUGCUGGAGUCAACUUGUAUUCUGUUUGGUCCAUCCACUGAAUGAAACCGAACGUGGCCAUUGUUAUCUUGUGUGCCUUUCCUGGAAGGAAAAUGCAUCACACAAUGAGCUAUUGAAGUUGUUUUUGUGACCUUGUGCAUGAACCGUGGUCUAGGAAAAAAUAAGACUGAUUUAAAUCAAGUAAAGUUUGAAUAAAAUUAAGUAAAGACUGAUUUUGCUUUAUACUUUUAACUCUAAACUUUGUCAGCUGAAACCCUUUGAUCUAAAGUAUUCAUAAAAUACCAAUAUUUGCCAUUUCAAACGGUUUUCUUGUGUCACAUGACACCCAAGGAAAUAAAAUGUUUAAUUUCUUUCUUUAUUUUUAAGUCAUUUUAGCCUUUCAGUCGAUUUAGCCUUUAGCAUUGCAAAAAUAUACAAUAUGUUGUACAUUUUUUCCAUAUAUGGCCUUGAAAUGUUAUGGGCUCUGAACCAUUAUAGCUUUCUAACAGUAAUAACAACAGCCGCAAAACAAAAAGCAUUGAUUAAUUUUCAAUAACAGCCAAUUUAUUUUUGAGCUGCAAAAAAGGCAUAAUUAAUGAAUAAUUAGUUUAGUACUUCUACUAUUACCAAAAUAAUUUAUACAUAAAUAACAGCCCUGUUCAAGCCUUUUUAUAUAUGUAUUUGUAUUCAAGUUUUUGGUUGGAUCAGGUUACGUAAGAAAGGAUUUAAACUUGUGCACACCCAUCCUGUUUCCCCAUUCUUCAUCUUUUCGUGAUUACUGUUGGGGACACAAAUUCUUAAGGACUCCGCUCCAGUGUGUAAAACAAAUUAUUCUGAAAUGAUAUUAGGCUAGUCCACUAAUGUGCAGAGACUAUGGCAUUUAUGUUGCUGAAUCUCUUUGCUCCUGCCUUCCUGUGUCUUCUGAAAGCUGGGAGUAUCAGAGUUUUCCCAGAUGGAUCCACUGUAACAUUUGAGCGCAAGAUUGGACACAGGCCAGUUGACUUAAAAGCACCUACAUCAUUUACCUGUAAGGGAAACCACUGGACAAGUCUGGAACUUAGUUGCACAACAGGACAACGACCCCAAACAUACAGCCAAAGUAAUUAAGAACUAUCUUCAGCGUACAGAAGAACAAGAAAUACCCGAAGCGACGGCAUGGAGGAUGUGAGAUUAUGUGCCUUAAAUUUGGAUGAAUGUGUCAGGUACUCAUCAGCGGGUUUCUAAUGACUUAGCUCAAAAUGAUGUUUCUUUUUAAAACAAUUCACAUAUUUCUGAUUUAAAGUGUGACUAUUUCUCGGGUCAUCUACUUCUUAUUUCAGUUAGCAGUGUAUUAACACCCUCUUUCUUUUAUUUAUUUUCCUUUUUGUUGUCAUUGUCGGAAAGUCAUGGGCAUACGCACUUGAUAAACACUGACUAACGCGC